AUGAACGGAGGUUUUUCCAAGAUUUUGUACCGCAUUGCGGUACCGAGCGAAUGUGAUCGAAUACGGGAGGCACUGCUGGCCUUUUACUUCCCGGAGGAAAUUCUUACACGCUCCUAUCUGGAGGUGAACCAAACCAUCAUCGGACCAUCGGAGGAGCACAUCCAGUAUGUGCUGUCCUUCGUUCAACAGGGUAUGGUAGCGUUGGCGAUCGAAGAAGAUCAUGGUACGAUCGUAGGUGUGACGAUCGCACGCUGCGUUAAACCGGCUACGGCGGACGAGCUGUUGGCGCUGGUUCCAUCCGCCGGAACGCGAAGAUGGGCCGAAAUGUUACGAAUGUAUGCGCACCUCGAACACACGGGAGAUGUUUGUGGACGGUUCCGAUCGCGCCGGUCGUACCAUGUGUUCGUGUUGGCGGUAGAGCCCCAUUUCCGGCGCCGAGCGAUCGGCCAGAAGCUGAUGGAGUUUCAGCUGGCACGUGGCAAAUCGUUACGCUUUCGGGUGGUAAGUGCGGAUUUUACGUGUGAAAUAGCGGCUCGGAUAGGCGAGCGAAUGGAUAUGCGGUGCGUUAGUGCAAUGUCUUUGAAUCAGUACAGGAACCAGGCCGGGGAGAACACGUUUGUGACGUCGAGUGUUAAUCACAUCGUCAGCACCUACGCGCGUUAUGUUUAA